UCGAGGGUCCGCCUUUUUCUUUCUUUUUUCUCCGCCCGGCAAGAUCAAGGAGAAGAAAGAGUGGCCGCCGUUGAGUGAGCAAUCCCUCAAAAAGAGCCAAAGCUCCCCUCCUCCCCCGACAGUGACAGUGACUUUCGAAUUGAACUAGGACAAUUUCUUCCGGUCGUCCCUAUGUUCGCUAAGGUAGGCGUUCCAUCGCCGAGAUCUUGUGUCCUCCUCCGUUUCGCUGCUUGAGCUUGUGAGGGUGCCUCUCGCGGAGUGACACGUAGCGCCGCUGACACAGUGACACGUUGUGUCCCUUGUGCAGUGACACGUGGCGAGUCUUUUCCUGAGGUUCUCUUUGCCGCCACACGAAGCCGACACGUGGACAAGAUAGUAGUGGCUUGUUCCGACACGUGGCAGUGGCCAUGAAGACCGCUGGUGUGCUUCUUGUUCUCUGCAUGAUGAUGGUCGUCGGAGGCUCGUUUGCCACGCCCAUGCAGGUGUCAUUCUCCGCCAGCGGAGAUGCGGGUUCCAGCGCGGAGAACACCACCGAGGUGGUGGGGGAGUACUCGUUCACGCUGCCGGAUUACGCUGCGAAACUGCUUCGAGGGGACUCCGCGCGCACCACCACCGAGCCUCCCACCGUCACCGUGAGAGGCAAUCCGUGCGAAGUGGAGUGUAAGUGCGAGCUUGUCAAGUGCCAAGGUCGCGUCGUCGCAGGACAGAUAAGCAGAGGAUUUACUCUUGUGGAGAGGCGUGAGCAGCUCAGAGGGAUGACCUUAUGCUCAGGUGCCUACGAGGGCUGUGAAAUUGGAUGCACCCGGUACAACAUGUAGAGGCAAUGUGGACAUGCGGCGGAUGUCUCGUUGUUGUCAACAUUAUUGAAGUAUUCGACUGUUGUUUUUGUCUGCAAGUGGCUCUACCUUUGGAAACCUCGCAUUGCGCCAUCGUCUUGUGCGAUAGCUGCGUGCUUGUUGAAGAUGAUGGGUGGGUGCAGAGCGAGGGCUCCGAUUUGUUCCGGCUUGGGAGCUUUUCUUCUUGUACUUGGAUAAAAUCAGUUCGUAUUGCAUUCAGUGUUCAUCCUGGCACACUUGGUCUUUUUCGGGCGGAGGAAAGUUGUGGGUAAUCGAAGAUGAUGUACAUGGGGGUGGGCGUAAUCGAAGAGGAUGUACUAUGAUGUACAUGUAGGUGGAUUAAACAAUGCCAUAGAGAUGCAGUUCGCUUAGAACGUAAGUCUGGGAGGGGUCUUUCAGAUUGCAUGUGGGUGCAGCUACGUAGAGAUUUAACUCCAAAAGAGUUCGUCGGAUUUUGGAUGGGUGCCGAAGGACGGGUUGGGUGUUGGUAAGAAGGUCUAGUCUUCCCUAGAAGUGUCCCUAGAAGUGUCCCUAGAAGUGUCCCUAGGAGUGUCCCUAGAGGGGAGGGAUUAGACAAGACCAAGGUCCUCUUCGAAGAGUUAUUCUCAUAUCGCUGGUGUAGUGGAUGAAAACAUAAAAAAAGAAGAUGGAGCUGUACAGCUCGAAGGGGGCGGGGGGGGGCAGGGAAUGGGCUCUGGUAGGAGUGUUGCUGUGAUGCACUCUUUGGCUUCUGUAGAUGAAGACGACGAUGUAGAGAGAGCUGAUGUUGUCAUCGGGAAGGACGAGAGAAGAAAGGACUCACCAGUGCGAGUGGUUGAGAUUUAUAAGGUGCAGGAUGAAAAUUAUUUGCGGCCCUUGCAGGAGGAGGAACUGCUAGGGAAGGGGACAAGGAGAUGAAGGCGUAUGGCCAGAUACAAUAAAUCUGUUAUGGGACUUUCUCAUUUUGUUGUGAAGUUAAAAAGAAUUGUUUCUUGCUGCUUGAGAGCCUUUAUUAAUUUUGAAAGCAUGGUUGAUGGCAUCUGCCUCUGGGGCACGGUUGUUUUUUCGGGCUUCGUUUCCCAUUUUUAGAUCCACAACAUGUGCUGCGUAGACUUGUGACAUUCACUGGUAUAGAGGAGGUAGGACAGUGUUUGGCAAUGUGUCCAGCAUAGCUGGCUUUGUGGCUUUGUAUGGGCUUCUGUCGUUUCCAGCAGUGUGACGUGUGUAAAGUAUAAGCCCAAGUUUAUGCCGAUGUUCGUGUAGUGCUUCGGUCUGUGUGUAAUUCCUCUUUUGUAGCGUUUCACAAAGGCAUGGGAUGAGGUGCGGAUGAUGUUUGGACUAGGGUCUGAAGUUGAUGCUGAUGUCCGUAUAGUGCUUCGGUCUGCGUAAUACCUCUUCUGUAGUUCAUCGAGGCUUGGGAUGAGCUUCGGAUGACGUUUGGACAAGGGUCUGAUGAAGUUUACGCUGAUGUCGGUAUAGUGCUUCGGUCUGCGUAAUGCCUCUUCUGUAGUUCCUUGAGGCUUGGGAUGAGCUUCGGAUGAUGUUUGAACGUGGGUUUGAUGAAGUUUGCGCUGAUGUCCAUAUAGUGCUUCGAUCUGUGUAAUACCACGUCUGUAGCGCGGCGCUAAGGCUUGGGAUGAGGUUGGAAUGAGGGUAGAGGGUCUGAUGAGUUUUGGAUAAGGUUUCGAUGAGGGGCGGACGAGGGUUGGAGGAAGGUUGGAUGGGGGUCGGAUGAGGUUCGUACGAGGAAAGAGGGUUGGAUGAGGGUCAGAGCAAGGCGGGCGAGUAGUGAGAGAGUUGUCUCUUAUGAUUGUUAUCUUGAUUAUUAUUUGUUCUGUGAACUUGGUUCGGCUUGUUCGAUUGAUCGUCAGCAGGGAGUACAGUUCAGAAAACCCAAGAGGGGUUUGUUGUCCAGCAAAGAGUGGCAUUGCACUCACUGGCAUGUAGGUAAUUGUGCAUCUGGUAAAGGGUGCGCAUGUGUGGA